CACUAAAGUUAAAAUCCUUGUGUUCUCGAGCAUGAAACCAAACAUCCCAAAGGUUCCCGCAGGGCCAAAUUGUCAAGAGCAAGAAAAACAGACCGGUUGUGUUCACGAGGAAUUAGCUGCUACUGCAAGUCGACAUCACGGUCAGCCCCACAACGCAUUAGUCAAACUCAUCCCAGUACCCAUUACAUACACCAUGUGAACCUAUUAGUCAACGCAUCAACUGUUAACGAAAGUGAUAUCACAAACACCAUGUUGCGCUAUUCAAUGGCAGGAGCAAGAACAAAGACCUUAAAACCCGACCCCCAACCCCCCCCCGGUCAUCCAACUCAGCCCACCUAUCAUAAUGGCCAAGAAGAAGCCCUCCCCGCUUCACCCUCUCAGCUUCUUCUUCCUCCUCCUCCCCCUGUUGCUCUGCCUCUCCGCCAGAGCAAAGGCCAAGCUGUGUCCGCCGUGCGGCUCGACGUCCGUCCCUUUCCCACUGAGCACGGGCGCCGGCUGCGGCGACCCGUCCUACAAGAUCCGAUGCGACAACGCGACCAAAUCCCUCUUCUUCGACGCCCUCAACGGGUCCUCGUACCCCGUCACCUCCAUCAGCACCUCCACCCAGCGCCUCGUCAUCCGGCCGGCGGCCUUCGUGUCCAGAAGCUCCUGCGUCACCACGGAUCUCUCCUCCCAGGGCAUCCAGCUCAACAGCUCCCUCCCCUUCAACGUCAGCAGCAGCAACACCAUCAUGCUCCUCAAUUGCACCGCCCGCCUCCUCCUCUCCCCGCUCAACUGCUCCUCCAACAGCCUCUGCCACGUCUACGCCAACGGCACCUCCGACGCCAGCGCCUGCCGGUCGCUCCCCAUCUGCUGCACCUUCGUCGCCGGCGGCUCCUCCACUUCCUACUCCAUCCGCGCCAGUGGCACCGGCUGCAGCGCCAUCCGGAGCUUCGUGAACCUGGACGCCGUGGGAACGCCGGUGGCGCAGUGGGGAGAGCGCGCCGGCGUGGAGCUGCAGUGGGCGUCGCCUAGAGAGCCCGUAUGCGGCACCCAGGCGGACUGCGAGGCCGGGUCCAACGCCACGUGUAGGGCGGAUCCCUCUUCCAGCGGCACGAUCCGGCGAUGCUUCUGCAUCGAUAGCCUGCGGUGGGACCCCUUCUCCGGCGUCUGCGUCAACAAUGUUACGAUCUCGAGCAGCAAAUCCAACCAUGGGCCUCUGAUUGCAGGGAUUUUGUCCGGCUUGGGCGCGGCGGCGGUCGUCACCGUGGCAGGCUUCCUGCUUUACCGUCGGCAGCGCCGCAUCCGCGAGGCGCGCGAGCGGUUGGCCAAAGAGCGGCAGGACAUCCUCAACGCCAAUAACUCCAGCGGACGCUCCGCCAAGCACUUCACCGCGAGGGAAAUCAAGAGGGCCACCUCCAACUUCGCGCACGACAAUCUCCUCGGCUCCGGCGGCUACGGCGACGUCUUCAAGGGCAUCCUGGCCGACGGCACCCCCGUGGCCGUUAAGUGCGCCAAGCUCGGAAAUGUCAAGUCCACGGAGCAGGUGCUCAACGAGGUCCGCGUGCUUUCCCAGGUUAACCACCGCUCCCUGGUCCGCCUUCUCGGCUGCUGCGUCGAUCUCGACCAGCCUCUUAUGGUGUACGAGUUCAUCCCCAACGGCACCCUCUUCGACCACCUCCACGGCCUCCGUCCGCUCCUCCCCUGGCGGCGCCGACUCGCCAUCGCCCACCAGACCGCCGAGGGCCUCGCUUACCUCCACUCCUCCGCGAUGCCCCCCAUCUACCACCGCGACGUCAAGUCCAGCAACAUUCUGCUCGACGACAAACUCACCGCCAAGGUCGCCGACUUCGGCCUCUCCCGCCUGGCGGAGCCGGGCAUCAGCCACGUCUCCACCUGCGCCCAGGGCACCCUCGGCUACCUCGAUCCGGAGUACUACCGCAACUACCAGCUGACCGACAAGAGCGACGUGUACAGCUACGGGGUGGUGCUGUUGGAGCUGCUCACCUCCCAGAAGGCCAUCGACUUCAACCGCGGUCCCGACGACGUGAACCUGGCGGUGCACGUGCAGCGCAAUGUGGAGGAGGAGAAGCUGAUGGACACCAUCGACGGGGCGCUCAAGGAGGGGGCGACCCAGGUGGAGCUGGACACCAUGAAGGCUCUAGGGUUCCUGGCCAUGGGAUGCCUGGAGGAGAAGAGGCAGAACCGGCCGUCGAUGAAGGAGGUGGCGGAGGAGAUCGAGUACAUCAUCAACAUUCUCGACGCUGGCGGUGUGGAGAAGCGUGACAGCGCUUAGCGAUGCAUGCAAUGCUAUCUAUCAAUUGGUAAUAUAGACUUGCAAUGGAUGUGUUCGGAAUCAUUCACUCAUCGAAGGAAAAUUGGUGAUUUAGCA